UGGAAGAAGGAUGAUUAUUUGGAGAUCGGUGAUGAAUGUGGGCGAGAAAGAGCGAGCUAGAUUGGAACGAAAGAGAUGAACGGAGUUGCACGCGAAGCGAACGUUCUCUCGCGAGAGUGAGAGAGUUCGAGGAGAGUGCACAUUGCGAACACGAGUGAGCUAAAACAGAGAGCAACUGUGCGCGCACACAAUGGACGAAUGCCUGCCGUGCUGGGUCUUAAGAUAAAAGGCGUAAACAAUGGAAUAAGCGGAGAGAGAAAAAAGGCUGAACACGCCUUCUUUUAUUCGAUUCGGUGUUCGUGCGGUUGUGUUUUAUACAGUGUGUGCUUUGUUUAUCGCAUUCAAUCAGGGUGCGAUCGGUUAUCUCGAUGGUGAUUUCUGGAGUGCGAUUUUCACUGCUGAGCGCAGUGGUGUGAGUGUUGAACGGAGGACGGGUGCACAAAAGAAGCUGAGAAGCGGAGAAUACCUGAAAGCGCUGCGGUGUGUUCAGGAUGAGAGAAGGUGCAGAACCGGUCGAAUCACUUCCAUUCAGUUUGAGUUUGGCUCUUGUGCAGUAAAGACCUAAAUUGGAGUUGGACUUUUUUUAUUGCUCUCGGAACUUUUCCCAGUGUUUGGAGAAAGAUCAACAUAACGAGUUUCAUUGUGGAAGAAGAAACGAAUUCCAUGAAGACACGCUGUGAAUGGAAUGCAAUUAGUGGAAGAAUCGAAAUAAAGGAAGUCAUUCAAGUGUUUGACAAGUUUUGGACAAUCAUCGAAUGAAUGUGAUCUUUUGAUUGGUGAAUAGUGAAGCAGAUUGAUCAGAAGAGACAAAGCAAGUGCAUUGAUUUUGGAGAAGUAAAAGUGAUUUAAAAAGUUAUCAAAAUGAUUAACCACUCCAUGGCCAGUUUGAGUCACCCACAUUACGGGUUUUCGCUGGGCAAUCAUCAGAUGGAUAUGCCGCCGGCAGCCGAUUUCGCACCUCAGCCGAAUCACAGUCCGGGAAGCGUGGAUGUGAAACCUCGGCUAAGCUUCCCACCCACAUCGCUAGCUGGAUUCCAAACUCACACUCCUACUCAGUCCGGAUCGCAUCAGACCUCCCCAGGUCAAGAUGGACACAUCAAGCGACCCAUGAACGCCUUCAUGGUCUGGUCUCGGCUGCAGCGCCGCCAGAUCGCCAAAGACAACCCCAAGAUGCACAACUCGGAGAUUUCCAAACGUCUUGGAUCGGAAUGGAAGCUGCUCACCGAGGCUCAGAAACGUCCCUUCAUCGAUGAAGCGAAACGCCUUCGCGCCAGCCACAUGAAGGAACACCCAGACUACAAAUACCGUCCCCGACGUAAGCCCAAGAACCCCUUGGCCAACGCCGCCGGCGGACUGUCCCUCGGAAUGCAACAAUCAGCCAAGAACGCCUUAGGAUCAUCGUACCCCUUCCCACAACUCCCGCCGUACUUUGCACCGACCCAUCAUCUCCAACAACUAGAACAACACUAUUCAGUUCCAUAUUUCGGAGGUUUUGACCCACUGACCCUGUCCAAACUCCACCAAUCACAACAGAACAUGCAAAGCACCUCCCCGACGGGCAUGGAAGCCCAGAAGACUCAACAGAUGCCACCUUCCUCGCUCAGUUCGUUCUACUCCAACAUCUACAGUGGAAUCUCAGCAGCCGCAGCUGCUGCCCCGCUUUACGCAGCACAUUCCAACGGUCUGUACAACUCAUCCACGUCGUCCGCAUCACCCGGAUCCAGUCCCAGUACCUCACAGCAGUCCACAGUCCUGCCCAGCGAUAUCGAAAACUCGAUGCGACGGCCCGUGCAGGUCAUCUACUAAGCCUGGAUCACGCAGCGGAUCUCAACGUAAGCAGCAGUAUUCACCGUAGCUCAGUUUACCGCAGAGGGGGCUCGCGGCGAAGUGCUCCAUUCCCUUGUGCUUGUACAUAUGAAGUGAUUUAGAACGAUCGAAGGGAGCCCCGCCCGACCUUCAUGUUAUUUUAAUUUAUUUAUGUGAAUUGAUCAUCCCGCAAAGAAAUGUUUGAAAACAAAAACAAAAGGAACGACAUCCCUCUCAUAGUAGGAACUUUUAUGUUGUAAAACAAUUAGGAAUCGAACCCAUGUGUACAUAGCGUAGAAAUCUAUCGAUGUGAAAAAUGUGAACAAUCUAGAGUUAUGUUAAUCCAACAACUGGAAGGAAUCAUUCAGUAAGCUUUGUUUUAGUUCAACCAAAAUUUAUCGCAAAUCGGAUACACAUUUUAUAACGACAUCACCCGGAGGGGAAGUUUAACUCAUCAGAAUACAAAAAUCUUCAAUCCGUGGAAACGAACCGAGCAUUCGGCUGGUCGGGAGAUUUGAAGGCAGACUGGAACUUAGGUAUCGAAUAGUGUAGAAACAAACUCUGAAGAAGAAAAAAACCCUAACUUUAAUAUUGUUAUUCUCUCAUAGAUGGUAAGAAAAGUGCGACUGGCAGACAGGUGCAGCAGAAUUGUAACUGAGAAAUAAAUAAUUUUGAUGAUUAAAAAGUAAAC